AAUGGCCAAACCCCUUUACGCAGUCUCUAAAAACCAACCAUCAUUUGAAUGGUCUGCGGAAGCUGAGCAGGCAUUCCAACAGAUAAAGAGAGCCCUCCUAUCGGCCCCAGCUCUAGGACUGCCCGAUAUCUCUAAGCCUUUCUACUUAUAUGUGGACGAACAUAAAGGCAUAGCCAAGGCAGUGCUAACCCAGCAUCUAGGUCCAUGGCCCAGACCAUUGGCCUAUCUCUCAAAAAAACUGGACCCUGUAGCCGCAGGAUGGCCCCCUUGUCUCCGGAUAAUAGCGGCUACAGCCCUAAUGGUUAAAGAUGCUGAUAAGCUAUCCCUGGGCCAAGAGUUACAUGUCACCACACCCCACGCCAUCGAAGGAGUGCUCAAGCAGCCCCCCGAUAGGUGGAUGAGCAAUGCCCGGAUGGUCCACUAUCAGGGACUCCUGUUAAAUCCCUUGCGGAUCACAUACACCUCUCCCUGAACUCUAAACCCGGCCUCCCUGCUACCCGACCCUGACCUGGACUCCCUGCUCCAUGACUGUGCCGACAUCCUAGCACAGAUCCAUGGAAUAAGGGAAGAUCUACAGGACCGGCCCUUACCUGGUGCUGAGGUCACCUGGUUCACGGACGGAAGCAGUUUCAUCCAUCAAGGACAGAGGUAUGCGGGGGCAGCAGUGACAUCCGAGACUGAAGUAAUAUGGGCAGAGGCUCUGCCCCCAGGAACUUCUGCCCAAAGGGCAGAACUGAUUGCCUUGACACAAGCAUUAAAAAUGGGGCGGGACCGCAAAGUGACUGUAUAUACAGACAGCCGGUAUGCCUUUGCCACAGCCCAUAUACAUGGGGCAAUAUACCGUGAGAGGCGACUACUCACUGCUGAAGGCAAAGAUAUAAAAGAUAGAGAUGAAAUUCUGGCCCUAUUGGUCGCUAUUUGGGCCCCUAAGAAACUGGCCAUAGUACAUUGCCCGGGUCACCAAAAAAUAACUGAUCCAAUCUCUCGAGGAAAUAACCUAGCUGACCAAACUGCACGCCAGGUAGCGCAAAAACCCAUCCCAGUAUUACCUGCGCAGCUACCAGACCCAGGGCCCCGAGAUUUACCCCCACAGCCUGAAUACUCAGAAGAUGAUCUUAUCUGGAUGCGCAAGCUCCCAAUGACCGGAGUUACAGAUGGAUGGUGGAGGGACUCCAGAGACCACCUUAUCCUUCCCGAAAAAUUGGGCCACGCAAUCCUGACAAAAAUACACCACUCUACCACUUGGGGCCCCGAAGACUUCAAGAUCUCAUCAGACAAUCCAAACUGGUAUUAAGAAACAUCUCUGACCAGACAGAAAGGGUUGUCACAGCCUGUUCUGCAUGUCAACUCCAGAAUGCACACCCACAUGCUACAGCCCAAGGCCACCGUAAAAGAGGAACCCUACCAGGAGCCCACUGGGAAGUGGACUUCACCGAGGUAAAGCCUGGCAAAUACGGCUAUAAAUACUUACUAGUGUUCAUAGACACCUUUUCAGGAUGGACUGAAGCCUUCCCAACCAAGAAGGAAACGGCGCAGAUUGUAGCCAAAAAGAUCCUAGAAGAAAUCCUGCCCAGGUAUGGUUUUCCAGUAAUGAUAGGGUCAGACAAUGGAUCUGCAUUCGUCUCUAAGGGCCCUACAGCGAGUUCAUGAGGCCGUGUGGCCUAAACUAAGAGAACUGUAUGAGACGGGGCCCCCAUCCACACCUCAUCAGUACCUCCCGGGAGACUGGGUCCUGGUCAAACGACACCGACAAGAAAACCUCGAACCCAGAUGGAAAGGACCUUACCAGAUCACCCUGACAACUCCCACCGCCAUCAAGGUAGAUAACAUCCCUACCUGGAUUCACCACACCCAUGUUAAACCUGCUGACCCGCUGUCAGACCUCGUGGGACACACUGACAAAAAAACUGCUUGGACUGUAGACCGGAGUAAGAACAACCCCCUCAAACUAACCUUGCGCCGUACUCUCCCUAAACAUGAUCAAGAUAAUGAUCAUUAUCCUGCUAGCCCUAAACUUCAAACCCCUGAAGGGGACACUGAAUGCCCCCAUUGAUAAACAGGCAUUGCUACAAGCCCUAUAUGGAAGGCCCUGUGAUUGCAAAGGUGGCAUAGUUACCACCAUUGCUCUGCCACAUAGUAAAAGGAUAGUAGCUGGCUCCGUAGGACGAGGGGGUCUACAGCGGCACUACACCCAAACCCAAGACUGUGGGACCACAAUCGCUUACCUCACCCAGACUUAUGGCAGCACAGGAUUCAAAAAGCAGCAAUGGUUAUGUGUUAACAAACCCGAGCCCCUACCCCCCAUGACAGAAUGCCCUUGCAAAACUUUCCAGGAGUCGAUACACAGUUCUUGUUAUGACUCCUAUCAGCAAUGUAUAGGGCCAGAUAAUGCUACUACCUACUUUACGGCCAUCCUACAAAGUACCAGAGCAGCCAUAGCCAGUGAUGACAAUAAGCAAAUCCUGGCUGGCUGCCGUGGCUCAGUCGGAGCCGCCGUCUGCUGGAACCCUCGAGCCCCCAUACAUGUGUCAGACGGUGGAGGGCCCCAAGACGCUGUUAGACAAAUUGAGACGCAAAAGAAACUUAAAGACCUCAUGAAACAUAUGUAUCCACAGCUUAACUACCACCCCCUAGUUCUCCCUAGGCACAGCCCUUACGAGUUAGACCCUCAGGCAAUGUCUAUCCUAGAAACCACCUUCUCACUCUUAAACACCUCUAACCCAAUUUUAGCCCAAGAUUGCUGGCUGUGCCUACCCCAACAAGCUCCCCGGCCCAUCGCCAUCCCCACCAUAGUUAAUAUUAGCAUAACCAACGACUGCUUCCCCUCUUCCCUACCUGAACCCUUCCCCAUUCAGUUCAUUAGUCCGUUCAACGCAUCUUGCUUCAUAAGUAACCUUACCUCUCAGAACAACAGCAUAGAUGUAGGAAUCACAUCCCUUGCCCAAUGCCACCAGUACAUCACUAUCAGCUCCUCCCUAUGCAGUACUAACACCACUGUAUUCGUCUGUGGGAAUAACCUAGCCUACACCUACCUCCCCCAUAAUUGGACUGGAAUAUGUGUCCUGGCCACUCUGUUACCAGAUAUUGACCUGGUUGCAGGGAAGACCCCCAUGCCCAUCCCUAGUCUGGACUUUGUAACUGGCAGAUCCAAGCGAGCUGUGGCUGUAAUCCCCCUCCUAGCGGGUCUAGGAAUUACAGGUGCAGUAACUACUGGGACAGCAAAAUUAGGAGUCUCUAUACACUCCUAUCUGCGACUCUCCCGUCAACUAAUUGACGAUGUCCGAGCCUUGUCAGGGACAAUCCAAGAUCUGCAAGACAAGCUAGAUUCCCUAGCAGAAGUAGUGUUACAAAAUAGAAGGGGUUUAGACCUACUAACCGCAGAACAAGGUGGCAUCUGUUUAGCCCUACAAGAAAAAUGUUGUUUCUAUGCCAACAAAUGAGGAAUAGUUCGGACCAAAAUUAAACAGCUCCGGGAGGAGGACCUCGCGCGCUGACGAAAAGAACUGGCCGAAAACCCACUUUGGUCAGGGCUCCAUGGGUUUCUUCCCUACCUGCUUCCCCUUUUAGGUCCCCUACUAUGCCUCCUUCUCCUUUGUACUGUCGGCCCCAUUAUAAUUAACAAAAUAAUGAAUUUUGUCAGAGAUAGACUAAACACCAUUCAGGUUAUGGUCCUUAGGCCGCAGUAUCAGCCCCUGGACACGGAAAACGAGCUUGAUUAGCUAACACUGUAGGACCCAAGAUUGGCUCCUUGGGUACUUGAAAAAGGGGGGAAUGAGAAGCCUAAGAAAAUUGAAACUUAAUCAGCUUGUUCCGCUUCUGUACAAUUGCUUGGCGCGCCCGCGAACUCCUGCCCAAUCGGUGCAUUACCGUACCCCCCAGCUUAAUGUCAACCAAUCAACUCCCCCGCUGACUGGAAAUCCCCCAAACUGUUUACCUCGGCCUAUAAAAAGCCUGCGCAAACUCCCCUCGGGACCUCGGAGCAUCACUGUUCGUGAAUGCAUAGGAGGUCCAGGUUCGAACCUGAAAUAAACGGCCCUUGCCGCUUGGCUUUGA